GCUCUAUUUUCCCACAUCGAAACUUGGCUCUGUAAGGAGAAGACAGUGAAAAUCGUGCAAAUGGAAGCGUGCAGACAUUCCAUAUUUAUUUUGCUUUCGCUGUUCGAAUUCUCGUCUUUAUGAUUGUGUAUGUUUUGCACGCCAUGAACUGAGUCCCAUUGUCCCGGGCUGAGGUUUAGAAAUGGUCAAUCUUCGUGUUCUGAGCCAGAAGCACGCAACUGGGGCCAUGGGCAAAGGCGCGAAGAAGGCGACUGACCGGUUGGAAACUGGUCAUUCCCUCGGUGCUCCCGAGGGGUCGGAGAGUGUCAGCACCUCCGAUGGGGAGCUGCAUGAUCCGCGAAAAUUCACGUUAAGUAAAGCCAGCACGAACUCCAGGAACCCUGCGGAUGCUGCCAAGGCGCAUCAUAAGGAGUCGCGGCCUCAUUUGGGGAUUCCCUUCGGCAGUGAGAUGCCUCAGAUGGACGGCUUCCUGCAGAACGAUCGCGUUGCCCAUGCCAUUUCCUGCAGUGUGGGAAUGGAAGCGGAAGCGUGGACUGUCAAUGGAUUUCAUAUUGUUGGGCUGAUGUGUGCCUUUACAGCGACGGGCGAAGUGGUUCUACGGGAUGCCGUAAUCGAGAAGUCCACUCUGAGCGGGCUAGUUAAGGAAUCGUAUGAGUAUAUCUGUCUGAAGAAAGCAGACACUGUGGAUAUGCAAGUGCGCAACACUUUUGCAUCAGCCUAUGUGCCCAGCGCCAGCGAUGAUGAGCGUGCUGUGCACGCGCCUUCCGAUAACGCGGAAGAUGCGUCCUUGGUAUCGGAAAUGGAUAGUAUAUUAACCGCCAGUAUUGAAAAUGUCCUGGAUGAAGGGAAAUGCGAGUCUUACUCGACAAGCCCGUCUCUUAACACACAGGAUUCGAAUCUUUCGGAUGAUUUACCGAAGCAGGAGGAGCAAAAGAUUGCUCCCGUGAAUAAGAAAAAUCAGCCGGAACAGUCCAUGUCACAUGGACGUCCAUCCUAUGCGCCGCACCGGCGCUACCCUGAUGGGAAGAAAUCGCAUCAUCAGUACGAGCCAUCACUGUCGCGCGUACCAUCAAACGAUCCCGAUCGCUGUGACAAUUGCUACGCGCAGCAGCAGCCACGUUUCGCGCGGAAUCAGCCGAUGAACCGUGCGGUAGCCAAGAGCCGUGCUAAUUAUGGUGCGAAGGGAGUGGAUAAAACUGCGCCACAGCCCAUUGUUAAUCCCAAAGAAGACGCUAAACCAAAAAACGGAGAGAAGAAAAAUCACUGUGAAUCUCGUGAGGCGGUGCAGGACGCAAGAAAGAACGAUAUUCAGCUCAAAGAGCAGAAAGUGGAGGAGACGAAGCCAGUUUUGGCUCCAGGAGAGAAUCCAUGGACGAGUGCCAAUGUCUGGCAUCGGCGUGAGCAAGCUAAGAAUGGCGGUACGAAGGCAGCCCAUAAAUCAGGCCCAAAUGAUAAAAAUUCGUCGUUUGAAUUUCGCUUGAACCCUUUGGCUGAGGAAUUCGUUCCGGGCUUUUCGAGACCGACGUACGAUUCGCGUAAGCGGCAGAACUGGAAUGGCAAUAAUUACCAGAAUCGAUUUGUUCCAUCUAACAUCGGAGUACAGGAAACUGCAGCCCACGUUGAACAGACGGAAGAACCAAUUCCAUCGCGGCCAGUGGCUCUACCUAUUGCGUUCCCAGUUUCUCCGCUGCCAGUCAUGAUUCAGUCACCGAAUUCUCCGAUUGUGGUGCACGCGUUUUUGCCCACUGGAAACGGACAGGGAUACUAUCUGCCGGUCACAUUGCCACCGUUGGAUGAAUAUUACGCGUCGCUGCACGCGUACAAUCAGUAUGCAGCGCAAAUGCAACCGGCGUCAUUCGAACAGCAAGGCGUAUUUCCGGUGCCGCCGGACGGCAUGCCACCGACGAUGAACGCCCACUUCGUCGCACCACCCCCACCGCAGCCGAUGGAGACAGGUUUCGUGGAGCAGCUGAGCGACGAUCUGCAGCGUCAGCAUCUGAGCCGGCCGCCCUCCAUGCCGAUGACGGUGAACAGUGACGACGGGAAAGAAUCCGGCGGCAAAAUGCGCGUGCUUAGUUCGACGGAUUUGAGCGGGAUUUGGAGCGAUAAGCCGGAGCAGGGCGGGUAUUUUGGUGGAUAUGCCACUUGCGUUAGUGAGCGCAGUGAACGGGCGGGACCGUCCCCGACGGAGGACGGACAGAUGGAGAAAUCCGUCAGCCUCUCCGAAUGAAAGAUGCGGGUGUUGUUGGGCGUGUGUGUAGUGCGUCACCUUGUGAGCAGUUUGCGGUGAGACAGGUUCCUUUGUCAAAGUUGUAUCCGUGGCUCUUUGUUUUCCCCCCGCGGUGUGUGCAGAUGGGGUUUUAUUGUGUUUUUUUCUUCGGAGGGGCCUUGGUGCAUUCUUGCGUUUUGGGGGAAUAAUCCUUUACGGGUUGUAGGCGUUUUUGUGAAUCUAGCUGUUGUUUCCUUUAUUGCUUACACACGAAUAUUUUGUUACGUUGUUUUGGAUUUGGACUAGUACGACGUAUGUUGUAGUUGUGGGUAGCCAGCUGCUGUGGAAACUGCGUGGUCUUUGCGUGUUUGUGCGCACCAAAAAUUGGUCAAUUAAAAACCAAACCCGA